AUGGAGGCGGAAAGGAAAGCUCCGAGUCUGCUGGAUAUCUGCGUGCGAAAGGCCAUCGACAACCUCCGGCGCGUCGAGAGCGUGGACGGCGUGGACACGGCGCUGCUGCGUAGGAUCCUGCCCCACUGCGACCUGGAGCAGCUGACCCGCAUCGAGAGCCGCACGGUGACAGACCUGACCCCCGUCACCGACGUGCUGUGGAAGGGGUUCUACCGGCGGCAGUUCGGCGAGGAGCACACGGGCCGCGUCGUCGACAGGAUGCAGCGGGCCGGGGCGCGGUACAAGUGGAAGGAUCUCUUCAGGGCGAAGACGAAGCAGCAGAAGGAGGUGGAAGACAGGAUGGUGGAGGCGCUGACGAGCAAGUGCCGGGCGCGGAACGCCGAGAGCGGCGGUUCCGGCUACAAGAAUCCGAUGUUGAAGAAGGCAAGGAUGGAGGUUGACAUUCGGGCGAAGAUGGAAGCUCCUUUUUGCAGGAGGUCAGCUCAGCCAACGACGAGUCAUGAACAGCCGAUGAGGACGACGGCGAUCCUCCGUAGACCCAACUCGACCAGCACCAUCGCCAAACCAACUAGUGUGAAUAGGCCGAAGCGAAAGAACGGGUCCAGGUUCUAG